AUGGCUGCAGCAUAUGGUGACCCCCGUCACCUCCUCCCAACUAACUACAAGCGCCUCAUCAGCGCCUGGCUGGAAGAGGACUGCCCGAGUCUGGACUAUGGCGGGUUCGUGGUGGGGGAGUCCGAGGGUGAGGCGCGGUUACUGGGGAAGAGCAAGGGAAUUGUAGCGGGCGUUCCCUUCUUCGAUGAAGUCUUCUCUCAACUCGGUUGCUCAACUGAAUGGCACGUCAAAGAAGGUCAGCCGAUCACACCCAUAACCCACUGCGCCACCGUCCGCGGUCCCAUCCGCAAGAUCCUGCUGGGCGAGCGCGUCGCCCUCAACAUCCUCGCCCGCUGCUCCGGCAUCGCAAGCAAGAGCUCCGCCCUCGUCUCCGCACUCCGCGCCCAAGGAUGGACGGGCACACUGGCCGGGACGCGCAAGACAACCCCCGGCUUCCGCAUUGUCGAGAAAUACGGCAUCCUCGUCGGCGGCGCAGACCCGCACCGCCAUGAUCUUUCGUCCAUGACCAUGCUAAAGGAUAACCACGUCUGGGCCUGUGCAAACAAUACCGCCGCCGCAGAUGGCGGAAAGGCCCCCGUUUCAACGGAUGACCAGUCCAUUGCAGCGGCCAUUCCCCGCGCAGUGGCAGCAGCUAAAGCGGCAGGCGGGUUCGCGACCAAGGUCGAAGUCGAGUGCCGCAGUGUCGAGGAGGCGAAUGCGGCUAUCGGGGCCGGGGCGGAUUUGAAGACGGAGUGGAAGGCGAAGCAGCGCGAUUUCCUGAUUGAGGUGUCUGGCGGACUCACCGAGGACAAUGCGGCCGCAUAUGCCUGUCCCGAUGUGGAUAUUUUGUCCACCAGCUCGAUUCACCAGGGGACGGGGAUCGUGGAUUUCUCACUGAAGGUGUCGUUGCGGUAG